AUGGGUCAAACUCUCUCCGAGCCCGUUGUCGAGAAGAGCUCGGCCAAGGGCGAAGAUGAACGCCUCAUCUACGGCGUCUCGGCCAUGCAAGGUUGGCGCAUAAGCAUGGAGGAUGCCCAUACCACUGUCCUCGAUCUUUUACCUCCCGGCAGCGACGAAGCUAAGAAGCACGAGUCAAAACUCUCCUUCUUUGGAGUCUUUGACGGCCAUGGUGGUGACAAAGUGGCCUUAUUCGCCGGAGAAAACAUUCACGACAUCAUCAAGAAACAGGAGACCUUUAAGAAGGGCAACUAUGAGCAGGCGUUGAAGGAUGGCUUUCUGGCGACGGACCGCGCAAUUCUUAAUGACCCCAAAUAUGAGGAGGAGGUCUCUGGCUGCACUGCCUGCGUUGGCCUGAUCUCGGACAACAAGAUCUACGUGGCAAACGCCGGUGACUCGAGAAGUGUCCUCGGUAUCAAGGGUCGGGCUAAGCCCCUGUCCCAGGACCACAAGCCGCAGCUCGAGGCCGAGAAGUCUCGUAUCACGGCCGCUGGUGGCUUCGUUGACUUUGGCCGUGUUAACGGCAACCUUGCGCUCUCCCGAGCCAUUGGCGACUUCGAAUUCAAGAAGAGCGCAGAGCUCUCCCCGGAGGCCCAAAUUGUUACCGCCUUUCCCGAUGUCGAGACCCACGAGAUCAGCGAUGACGAUGAGUUUUUGGUCAUUGCAUGCGACGGUAUCUGGGACUGCCAGUCCUCUCAGGCAGUUGUCGAGUUUGUUCGACGCGGUAUUGCAGCCAAGCAGGAGUUGGAUAAGAUCUGCGAGAAUAUGAUGGACAACUGCUUGGCUUCCAACUCGGAGACUGGUGGUGUUGGCUGCGACAACAUGACCAUGGUCAUUAUUGGUCUUCUGCGCGGCAAGACCAAGGAAGAGUGGUAUGAGGAAAUCGCCAAACGGGUUGCUGCUGGAGACGGACCUUGUGCCCCUCCCGAAUACGCUGAAUUCCGUGGCCCGGGAGUUCACCAUAACUUCGACGACAGCGACAGUGGCUACGAUGUAGAUGUUGAGAACAAGGGCAAGCCGUUUGGUAUUGGCGGCUAUAAGGGUCGUAUCAUUUUCCUUGGUGAUGGUACUGAGGUCCUGACCGAUUCCGAUGACACCGAGAUGUUCGACAACGCGGAGGAAGACAAGGAUCUUGAAAGCCAGGUGUCCAAAGCUUCCUCAGCAACAAGCAAGGACGGCGAGACUGAUGAUAAGUCGGCCACGAAGCCAGCGCAGGAGAGCAAGACAGGCGCGGACAAGCCCAAGGAGGAGUCAAAGCCGGUCGCAACCUCUGAGGCGGCAGAGUCGAAGAAGACCGACAACAAGGAGAAGUGA